AUGAGGGGGGAGAUGGGGGAGGAGGGGGCGGGGGAGGAGGUUGGAGUUGAUGAGGGGGGUAGAGGGGUUGGUGUGCUUGAAGGGGUGCAAGGGGAGGAGAGCGAGGCAGAGAGCGAGGUGAGCUCGGUGGCAGAGCCGGAGACAUUUGAAGACUUUGAUUGGCUACGUGAGCACUUGCUCUUGUAUGAUGUCAUUUUUCAGACCGACACAGCCAAGGAGGCGGCGUUUAUUGAGGGCGCGGCGGCCCUCUUCUGCACAAGCCGCGUGCAGGGGCCUUACGACAUUCUGGAGCCGGGCUGCGGUACGGGCCGUCUCAUGCUGGCGCUGGCUGAGCAUGGUCACCACGUAGCCGGAGUCGAUGCCAGUGCCACGGCAUUGGAGUUUUGUCGUGAGCGGCUCACCCAACAUGGACUGACCGGACAGCUCCAGCUGGGAGAUAUGGCCAAAGAUGAGAUGGGAAACGCCGAGUACGACGUGGCGCACUGCAUGGUCUCCUCCUUCAAGUAUCUUUUGACCGAGGAUGAAGCUGUGCGGCACUUGGAGCUAGUGGCAGCAGCGCUGCGACCGGGCGGGCUGUACAUUAUUGGCAUGCACUUGGUUGACUACGAGUACUACGCUGAGCAGGGCGAACGUGAGCGCUGGCGCGAGCUACGUGAGGGUCUUUGCAUCGAUGCGAAGAUUCUUUCAUCUCCACCCUGCCCGGUGACGCGUCGAGAAGAGGUCGAUACGUUUAUUGAAGUGAAGGCAGACACUUCACCCGAGGCCCCGCCCAUACCUCCAGCCUUGUCCAAGUAUCAGGGGCGGCGCUUUCAUUGCCAUUGGCAGAUGCGAACCUACGAUCUGGAACAGCUGUUGGCCACCUUACAGGCCGUGCCGGCGCUGCAACUGUUGUCUUUUCACGAUUUUUCGUACGACAUUAACGUUCAAGCUGAUGCCCGCCUUGAUUCAGACCAACUCACAGCGUUGUUGGUGUUGCAAAAGCAAGCUUAGCCCCGCGGUUCAUGUUUUCUUCUCAACGGUGUGUUUGUUUCCGAUGAAGAUAUUUGUAUACGCCGCGGUGGGAUGAGUCGGUUCGCACGAUGCCAUGUCGCUGAAUGGUUAGCUUCCCAACGAAGCACCAUCAGCGCCCCACCCGAGCCCCUCUUGUUUUUUUUUUUGUGACUGGAAAAAAUAUUUCAUACGAAGCCACGAGAGGCUUG